AUGGCUGAAAUUGCUGCCAUCGUGCCCGAUGCUCUGCUCAUCGAAGUCUGCGUCGAUUCUGUGCAGUCCGCCAUCGCCGCAGUCAAGGCUGGGGCAGACAGACUCGAGGUGUGCGGCAACUUGGGCACUGGCGGAGGCAUUACCCCUACUCUAGGCCUGCUCAAAUCCAUUCAGAAUGUCGUCGAGGUCCCUUUGAUUGCAAUGAUCCGUCCCCGCGUCGGUGAUUUUUGCUACUCGCAAGAGGAAUUGGAAGUUAUGCUCGAAGACAUUCGCUUCAUUAAGGAUCUCGUCAAUAUAAGAGGCUUUACUGUGGGAGCGUUGACCAAAGACGGAAGAGUUGAUGUUGAAUGCAUGAAAAUAAUUGUAGACGAAAUCCUACCUCUCGAAGUCUGCUUUCAUAGGGCAUUCGACAUGACUCGAGAUCCUGUGGAAGCCAUGCGCGAUAUUUCCGACAUAGGUGGUAUUUCACGCAUUUUAACCAGUGGUCAUAAAUCGAAAGCACCGGAAGGGCUAUCAACACUGAGGACCCUCUUCAAAGCAAGGAAUGAGCUGGUCGAAGACGACGCUUGGGGAUUAACCAUCAUGCCUGGGUCAGGCGUUAAUGUGAAGACACUGCCGACUUUGCUCCGGGAUUUGCUGCCAUUGGGUGUUCGGGAGAUUCACCUGAGUGGCGGCGAAUGGAAACCAGGCAGCAUGGUCUUUAAAAAGAAAGGCAUGGGGAUGGGUGCCAACCAGGACACUGAAUGGGCAGUGUGGCGCACUCAAGAAGACUCAGUGCGCCACACAAGAGAUGUUGCAGAUUCUAUGUGGGACGAAUACGUCCAUCUGAGUGCGGCGAAUAAGGUGCAUUCGCCGUGA